GGGCCAAAAAACAACAAAUAUAUUAAGGCGACAUUUAGACGCUAAUAAAUUAAGUAAUAUAAUGUUGGAUAGUAGCUACUGUUGAACGUUAUGCUAAUAAUCCUAAUAUUAGCUAUUCUACUCGAUGGGUAUUUUUCGUUGAAACCGAAUUUUUGGUAGAUUUUAGCAAUAUUAAAAGGAAAAGCGAAACUGUAAUUGGGACCAUUACAAUCAAAACCAGAACAGACAUAUACAGACAAUAACAGAAAACCGUAACCGAUCACGACGAUCAGUAUUAAUACAAUAUCAAAUUAAUCAGUGUCCCUGUUCUAACAUUAAAUAGAAUGAAGUUGUUCUUCCAAUGCCUUUUUUCUCCACGGCUAUACAAAAUUUAUAGGGAUGGAUCACCUGAUAAUAUGUACCAGCCUCUACGACUGGAAAAAUUGGCUGACAGAGUUAUUACUUCGGCACAUACAAUAGUGAACAUUGCAAUAUAUACAUCACCAUUUAUUUGUAUGUAUAUUUACAAAAGAGGAUUUUCUGUAAUAGAUGAGAAUAAAAUAGCUUUGGUCCGUUUCUUCGGUGGCAUUGGAUGUCUUCUUGCAUUGUUCUAUGUGAUUAGGGGUAUGGGCAGAGUUUAUAACCAAAAAUAUGUUGACUUUGUGAAAGCAUUAAAUAAUCCAACCGGUGAUAAGGAGUCCUAUUUAGAGGGGAUUAGGAAGUUUGAUUUCGAAUUUUAUGCUUGGCCAUCUACAUACAACAUACCUGCAAAACCGAGUCCAUCCUGGUUGCAGAAACAUCCGUUCUUGACUUCCGCAAAUAAUGAUCUCCCUCUGUAUCAACGGGUACCUAUACAGUUGUUGGCGUUCAUUGCUACACAUGCGUUCGGAUUACGCCUUGUGUAUCCAGGUUCACUUGGAUUAAUAUCCAAUUUAUUUUGGACCCCACUAUUUCAAGGCAGAACUCAAUUAGUUGAAGAGUUUAAUGGGCAGCGCACAAAACUGACGACAGCAGAUGGCAAUAACAUUGAUACAAUGUUUGUUGACCAUCGUAAACUAUCGGUAAAGGGCAAGUACCUGGUCAUUUGCUGUGAAGGGAAUUCUGGUUUCUAUGAGAUUGGUAUCAUGGCUACGCCAAUUAAAGCUGGUUAUUCAGCAAUGGGUUGGAAUCAUCCAGGCUUCGCUGGAAGUACAGGUCUUCCAUAUCCCUCUCAAGAGCAGAAUGCAAUUGAUGCAGUAUUGCAAUAUGCCAUUAACGAACUGAAGUUCCAACCUGAGAAUGUGGUCAUGUUCGGCUGGAGUAUUGGAGGAUACUCUGCCACAUGGGCUGCUAUCAACUAUCCAGUAAGAGGAUUGAUACUAGACGCAAUAUUCGACGACCUUUUACCUCUAGCCCAGAACGUAAUGCCCUCGUCGUGGUCGCUGUUAGUUAAGGAAGUCAUACGCUCAUAUGUAAACCUCAAUAUAGCAGAAAUGUUGAAAAAGUACAAUGGCUCAGUGCAGCUGGUCAGACGGACUGAAGAUGAAGUCAUCUGUCUUAGACCUGGCAUAGCAUCGACUAAUCGGGGCAACGAGUUGGUGAUGAGUCUUAUCGAACAUCGGCAUCCCAUCAAUGACGACAUAAAGCCAGAAGCCUGGAAGAAAGCACUCCUGAAGCAUGUUCAAUGUUUAGAAGAGAAACGCCCAACUGUUGACUCUAGUGAGCUUUCUGAAUACGACAGGAGGGCGUUGAUGUUGAUUUCAAAGUACACACGAGACUUUUGUUCCACUCACUGCAUUCCUUUAUCGGUGGAACACUUCGAAGACAUCAUGAACACUAUAAAUAGAGCUAGUAUAAGGUCUAAUUUGUAGAUUGGCUGUGUUAUCAGCCUCGUGUUCGAGCUUUGUAAUUGAUUGCACCAAAUUUUUAGUGACAUAAAAAGUGUUAAUCCUUGGCUUACAUUAUUGAGCGUUUAUUUAUUGCAUGUGCUUUCGGUGAUUUUGAUCUACUGGGCUCGACUGGACGGCAGAGUGUGAAUUUUUUACUUUUUAAGUCAAUAUUACAUAUCACUCUGGAAUAGAGCAAUAAAAUCAGCGAUUGUAAUUUCUAAGUCAAUGUUAGCGAUAUUUACAUAUAAAAAAGUACGUGUAUAAAAAAAUAUAAAAUACUGCCUUCUAUAUUUUUUAUACACAAACUUGGAGUUUUUACUAUCAAUUUUCAAUUGAAAAUAUUAUUAUUAUUUUAAUUAGGUGUGCCAACAAAAUCUAUUAAAUAAAUCUGUGUGUAUGUCUAUUUGAAACAUAAAUCAUUGAUUGUUUACAUUUAUAAUAAUGUAAUGUUUAUUAGUAAUUCUUAAUUUGAAAAGAACUACAUAAAGUGUAGUUUUAUGCUCAUUAUGUCUUUAUUACUAUUAUGCAUUUACUUAAUUACAUGUUAUUUGCAUUUACAUUUUUAAACCAUAUUCCUUAUUUUAUUUAUUUUGCUCUGUGCAUACCUUUUAAGAUAGCUAUAUUAUUGUAUUCUUUAUUGGUCUCCAAUAUUAUAUACAAUUGGAAAACUUUACGGUUAGUGUAUUUUUAAUUUGGUAGUUAUUGGGUAAGAAUAAAAAACGGGUGAAUGGAUAAUGUAUAUGACAACUUUUUUAAAUUAUGAUAUUUGUCACUGAUGUCGGAUAUAUAUUCAACAAACUGAGAAUAUUGGCUGGAUUGCCUAAAAAUGUCAUCUAGAAAUUUAUUUAAUAAAUGUACUCUUGCUUCCUUAUUUAAUACAUGUCAUAAUACUAUACUUUUAUUAUAAUAAAUAAUUAUAAACUUUACUCUGCAUGAAAUUUUAUGAUACACAUAGAAAUAUUAAUUAAUCCUCAAUUAUACAAUUUUCUGAAACUUAUAAUGCUUACAUUUUAAAUGAACCUUGUUUUUUAAGAGUGUUUUAACUGGACAUAUUAAUUUUAAGUAAUAUUGGUUAUAGUUUUGUUACUUCUAGAAAUAAUUACUUCUUAACUAUUUAAAUUAUGUUUUUGAACUUCAAACAGAUCAUACCUCUCUAAAGUAAUCUUUUUUAACACAAAGUUAAUUUAUGAUUGUAUCUAUACAUUAAAAUGUUCUUAUAAAAUUCUUAUUAUGUGUAAAUUUUUGUUUUUACUUUUUAUAUUAGAUGUGUCAACAUAUACUUUUACUAAAUUUUUGUGUAUUUAUUA